GGGUAGUUUCUGUUUUCUUUUCCUGACACAGCCCUGGCGCCCAUGGUCAGUGCAGAGAAAGGUGACCCUGUGCUUGCCCCCACAGACUUUAUUAUAAGCUCAUGGUGGCAUCCCAAGAUGCAAGGUUUGUUGCUGAGGGACGCCUGGAUGGUCAGCUCUUCCUGCACUAUGACAGCGAAAGAGGCAGGGCAGAGCCCCAGGGGCCAUUGACAGAAGCAGUCCUGGGAGCUGAGACCUGGGAAACAGAGACCAAGGACUUGACAGAGAUCGGGAAGGAACUCCGAGUGACCCUGGCACAAAUCAUAGCUCUGCAGGGCCAGAAAGGAGUCUCACAUUCCCUCCAGGAGGAACGAGGCUGUGAGAUCUCAGGAGGCAGCAGCGCCAUGGGCUUCAGGCAUUUCUACUAUGAUGGGGAGCCCUUCCUCUCCUACAACCCGAAGACAUGGACUUGGACAGUGGCUCAGUCCUCAGCUCAGACCUUGGCUGUAGAAGUCAAGAAGUCCUGGGACACAGAUGGCAUUCAGAGCAAGGAUUACUGGGCCCGUGUGCAUGGAGAACUUUGUAGAAGACUCCAGAGAUAUCUGGACUCCUGGGUGGACCUCAAGGAGAGAGCAGUGUCUCCAGCAGUGAAUGUGACCCCCAGCAAGGCCUUGGAGGGUCGCGUCACCCUGUCUGAUGUGAAUGGCACCUACCAGUCCUGGGUGACCACCAAGAUUCCCCAAGAAGAGGAGCAGAGGUUCACUGGCCACGUGGGACACAGUGGGAGUCACAGCACUCCCCCUGUGCCCUCUGGGAAGGCCUCAGUGCUUGAGAAAAUAUGGCCGGCAAUGGUUGUGGUGGCUGCUGUUGCUGCUGCUGUUGCUGCUGCUGUUAUUAUUUACGUUUGUCUGUGCAAGAAGAAGACAAUGUCAGCUGCACAGGGUCCAGCGCUCUAGAGCCUCCGAAUCCUGGAGCAACAGCCGGAGCAGCCAAGAGCCCACAGAGGCGCCGCGCUGCUGGGAUUCCAGCCUCUGGGGUCAGCUCCUGGGUCCCCUGGUUCACCUGAGGAAGCAUGAACUGUGUCCAGGCUGCCUGGAUUCAGCUCCCUGCUGGGUCUUACCAGCACUUUCUCUCUUGGUGCCUCAGUUUCCUCAUCUAUAAAAUGGGGAAGAUAAUAGCAUUUAUCUGUCAUUGUGGUUUGGAGGAUGAGAAUGUUAAUUUAAUAUUUAUGAGAUGUUUGCAGCUGUGCCGUAUUAGUUAUUAUCACUGUUUUUGUUUUAUCUUGCAAUAUAUUGCAUGUGUAGUGACUGUAUAUGAUAAAUGAGCCUUAUCUGUAAGUGUCAUUACUGCGGCCCCUCCUGAGGAGCCUAAUAUUGGCCUACUUCGUACCUUGAGUUCCCUUACCCCCUGUCAGACUCCCACACAUUACUUCAUGGCUACAGGACCUGCACAGUUUUAUACUAUAAAUGUUUCAGUGUUCUUUAAAAUA